GGGAGCUGCCGCUCAGACUUGUCAGUCAGCUGGAGCCAGCAGCCGCACCGCCUGCCCAGCACACCCUCAUUACAUGUGUCUGUCUGGCCUGAUCUGGACGCGCAUCUGCUCCCCGGCCGGCCGGCCGGCGCUGCUCCUCCCCACCGGCGCCCCGGGCGGAUCUCUCCUGCUCCCCCGUCGCCCCUGCCCCUCUCCCCGGGGAGGCUGCUGAUCUAUGGUCGCUGGGGACUCCCGCACCGUCGGCCCGUGCCCGGUCCCUGGCUUCUAGGAUGGAAGAAACGGAGCUGCUGAAGGAGAGGCUCCAGGCCAUCACAGAUAAAAGAAAAAUACAGGAAGAAAUCUCCCAGAAGCGCCUGCAGAUAGAAGAAGAGAAGCUAACCCACCAGCAUUUGAAGAAAAAGGCCCUGCGGGAGAGAUGGCUUCUGGAUGGAGUGAGCAGCGGGAAGGAGCAGGAAGAGAUGAAGAGGCAGAACCAGCAGGACCAGCGCCAGAUCCAGGUCCUGGAGCAGAGCAUCCUCAGACUUGAAAAAGAGAUCCAAGACCUCGAAAGGGCUGAACUGCGAAUCUCGACCAACGAGGAGGCAAUUCUGAAGAAACUAAAAUCCGUCGAGAGGACAACGGAAGACAUCAUACGGUCCGUGAAGGCGGAACGGGAAGCGCCGUCGGGAGAGUCGAUUGAAGACAUCUAUGCUAAUAUCCCCGACCUUCCAAAAUCCUACGUACCUUCCCGGUUGAGGAAAGAAAGAAAUGACGGACUAGAAGAGGAUGAACACAGUAGAAAAGCCUUGUAUGCCAUGGAAAUUAAAGUCGAGAGAGACCUGAAGACCGGAGAAAGCACAGUGCUCUCUUCCAUCCCCCUGCCGUCCGACGACUUCACGGGCGCCGGGGUAAAAGUCUACGACGACGGGAGGAAGUCAGUGUACGCGGUGGGCUCUGACCGCGGGCCGGCGCUCAACGGCACCGACGGGCUGGCCCCCGUGGAGGUGGAGGACCUCCUAAGACAAGCUUCGGAGAGAAACUCUCGGUCCCCGACGGAGUACCACGAGCCCGUCUACGCCAACCCGUUCUGCAGGCCCGCGACCCCGCAGAGAGAGCGCGCCGUCCCCGGACCAAACUUCCAAGACAGGAUCAAGGCGAGAGCGAACGGGCUGGGAAGCGACAGGAACGACUCCGUCCACCACGUGGACAACGGGCUUUCGGACGACAGGGAGGAGACGCCCCACACCCCGCACAAGAGGCCGCCGGCUCCUUGGGGGGGCUCGGAGGGGAUGCAGGAGGAGCGCUCGCCCUCCCCGAAGGCGAGGCCCAGCCCCCGAGGCCGGGGCCCUUCUCCGGCCCGCCCCGAGGAUGAGGACGAGGGAGACGUGAGAUACAACAUCAUGCAUUCCCUGCCUCCUGACGCGGAUGGCGCGGGACCCGUGACCAUGAUUUUCAUGGGGUACCAGCAGGCAGACGACUACGAGAAGGGGCCCCUGGCGGGGUACGACGGGGUCAUCCACGCCGAGCUGGUGGUCAUUGAUGAGGAGGCGGAGGCGGAGAGAGAAGCCGGGAAGCCCUCCCCGCACCCGACGGCCAGACCCACGCCGCUUCCCAGGACAAGGACCGAGGCCAGCGCCCGCGAGAACACCCGCCACCCCUGCCCGCACAAGAACUCCAUGUCCCUGAGGGAGCAAGAAGAGAGCCUGGGCAGCCCCGCCCGCCACCCACCCCGCGGCCCGCAGGUGGCCGGGGACGGCACGGAGGACCCGUCCCUAACAGCUUUAAGGAUGAGAAUGGCAAAGCUGGGGAAAAAAGUCAUCUGAGAGGUGUACCAUCUACGUAAACAUCCUUUGGAGAAGAAACUAAGAAGUGUUUGCGACUUUCUCUCCUGGAUAUUUUGUUUCUAUUUUUUUGCGAUCCAAAAAAUUUAUAAUUAUACCCAUAUUAAGCCAUGUGAAUAAGCAGUAGUCAUUAUUUGGAAAAAAAAUUGCAAAAAAGCUGGGAGAAUGAACACUUAACUUUUCCAGUUACUUGACAUGAUUCAGUGGGGGUAAAAACCAGCAUAUUUUUAUUGUAUCGAUACCAAAGCAUUUCUAAUAAGAGCUUGUUAAAUUUAAGAAUAAAGUUAUUUAAAAUAGCCUGA